CAGCUGUCAUAUCAUCUUCAGUCCUUAUUGGAAAACACCCACAUAAAUAUUCACCCUGCGAUAUGGGUCAUACUUUAUGGUAAAAGAAGCCGCUCAUCUGCACUUGUAUGCACAAAAGACGCAUUGGCUGAGUCGAUUUUAGAAACGACGAGCUGGUAUCGACGUAUAUAUAGAGUGCGCGUUGUUGGAAUGUACGACAAAGAACUCAGUCAACCUUCCGAGCUGCUACGCGGGUUUGGCUCCAAAGAGGCUUCACAAUCGAAACAAUUAUCAAAACAGAAAGAUGACGUACCAAGAUUCCUUCUCAACUUGUACAGAAAGCGAGCGCUUUUACACCGCCGUGGAAUAAGCCAACGGGACUCGGAGAUAGUCAGGGUGUUUUUCCGAGAACCCGCAGGGGAAAACAAGCACAAAGGACCACUGCAUUACGGGUUUUACUUUAACAUGUCCACCAUUGUAGCGGGAGAGAAAGUCAAGAAAGCUGAAUUGAGAAUCUAUAAGAAGGUACCACUUGGACGGAAUAGAGAAGCUGGUUACUUCAAAAUAAGAAUUCUGCGGCUAAAAAAUCACCAGCAUUGGACCAAAGGGGUUCCUAUCGCUUCCCACUUGGUUAGUUACAAAGAAAAUGUUGGUCGGUGGAUAAAAUUUGAUGUUACAUCUGCGGUUAAAUUCUGGAUAGAGAAACCUGAGAAAAACUUUGGUUUGAGUGUUACAGUGGAUAGUGUUGGAGCCUUCCCGUCAGAUUUUCGUAUCGGGGGACAUGGUAAAAGAGCACCUUUCUUGGUAACGUAUACAAAGAGCCCACAAAAAUUUCCAAGAACGCUACGUGUAAACUGCAGCAGCGAUCCAGUCUCCGAAGACGAUAAAGAACAAGUCUCUCAAAAUUUCUCAACGACAUCGAGAUCUCGUCAGAAGCGUUCUAGCGAACUUAAAAGAUGUCAACGUCGAUGGGUUUACGUGCACUUUAAAAAAUUAAAAUGGAACUGGAUUAUUGCUCCAAAUGGUUACAGCGCUAACUAUUGCGAUGGUGUCUGUCCUAGCGUUCUUGAUAUGCAACUGGAACCGACUAAUCAUGCUAUCUUGCAGAACAUUUUACACAAAUUGGACAGUCGAAUCCCGUCUCCCAUGUGCGCUCCUACUAAAUUACAUGGCAUCAGCGUGCUAUAUAAGACAAGUGACCGAUCUAUCGUGUUAACAGAGUAUGGUGGAAUGGUUGUUUCGUCUUGCGGAUGUCUUUGAACGUGAAAUGCCAAAAUCGUUUCUUAAAGAGAUAAAAGUCGAAAAUAAAUUCUGGCACCCUCAUAAUAUAGAUUUAUACUCGAGGAAUUACUAAAUUAUCAGCAGACGUCACCAGAUAUAUACAAAUUGCUUUGAAUUCAAGAGGAAGGCCUGUGAAAAAAAACAUAUAUAUUUGAUUGAAUUGUUGAGUACAUUCAUGAUUGUACUUAUAGGUGAUAUUUGACGGUCAGUUUGCGACAGUCGCUAUAUCCAGAAGAAGACUACUUGGACAUAUGGAGACGUUGGUGUAAAAACACUUUUGAACCAGACAAUUCAGGCGAGGAACGACGCUCCAUAAUUAAAAAACAUAGCUGCAAUACUUUAGAGUCUCUGAGUCAAAACAAGAUCGAAAAGGGGAGACAAUUUUAAAUUCAAAUUUAUGGCGGUGACGUACAAAAUUGUGUGCUUUUUUUAAAAUAAUAUGGCAGCCUUAAGAGUUUGAAAAACUUCUUUAAUCUCCACAGAAUUCUUUAAAAGAAGUUAGGUAUAAAAGCAUGCCCUUCAGUUAUAUUUGCAGACGGCGCCAACUUUGGGUGAGAGAAAACAAGAACGUGUAGGUAUUUUAACCCCCGCAAACGCAAUUAUCAAAUGCCAGCUAAUAUUUUCUCGUUGAUUGCGCCUUUUCGAAAUAAAAGAAUAGCCUGCAGUGUCAGACAGACGCCAGAACGAAUAAUGAGACAGGAUAAUGAAACAUGAUUGAUCUUUUGAAAGUUACCUUAGGAAAACAUCAGUUUCUAGAUCAAGUUCUUCACUAUUUGCGUUAAGUCGACCGCUAAGUUUACCAAGUAUGAGUGAAAACUUAAAAGGUAAUUUUAUAACAGAAGAAUUAGGAUUGCUCAUUUAGCACGCUUGAGACAAACAACUACUAGUACAUGUAGUUACUAAUUAGAGUGAGAAGUCCAAUCUUCAGGCAGCAGAUAAAAGAUUCUGGCUAAUUGACUGACUAACUGGUUGAUAGAGUGUGUCAGCAAAAGCAAUAGCAAUACAAAUGGUAAAGUCACGAAAAUGAUCGCAUGUUUAUUUAAUUGUGUGAGCCAGAUUAUAAUGAUAAGGAAAUCAAAGUUAUUUAAUUUGUACCUCACAAAGUUGGAGGGGACUUAAAUGAAACGAUUUUUCGACCCAAAUUAUGUAUGGGUUUCCACUGAAAAAAAAUUAAAAUCCGAAGUCAUAUUUAUAUUUUUCUUCGAAAAGAGA